CCAAAAGACCAGCUUCAACAAAUUUUCAUCAUGCAUUUCCCCAGCACAAUUGCUCUUUUUACAGCCCUCCCAUCAGUCUUAGCCUGCAAGGGUUAUACUGGAGGACUUCCCAAGCACACAGGAACCAAGACUCUCAGUGCUCCGCAAUAUAUCAAAAAGGGCCAGACCUUCGACGCUGGCUGGGUCAAGUAUGAUCGUGGCGUAAAAUGCACCGGCCAGGAUGAAGGAGGUGAGAAAGAUACUGUUUUCGUCCUCGAGGACGGAGCCAAACUUCGAAACGUCAUUAUCGGCGCCAACCAGCGCGAAGGCGUGUACUGCCUCGGAUCAUGCACUCUCGAAUUCGUCUGGUUCGAGGACGUCUGCGAGGAUGCCAUCUCGAUCAAGGGCGGCGGCACAGCCAACAUCAUCGGAGGUGGCGCCUACAAGGCUUCUGAUAAAAUCAUUCAGCACAACGGCUGUGGUCAUGUCAACAUCAUCAACUUCUACGCCAACGAUUACGGAAAGGUGUACAGGUCUUGCGGUAACUGCAAAGGUAACUGCCGGCGCUCGGUGCAUAUGGAGGGUACCACUGCUGUGAACGGUGGUGAGUUGAUGGGCAUCAACACCAACCUGGGCGAUAAGGCCACAUACUCCAAUAACUGUUACCCCAAAGUCCAAUGCCAGGGAUACAACGGGUGCGACAAGGGCAAUGGUGCUUGUGAGCCCACCAAGGCUGGUCUUUGUUGAGUGGAUUAACAGCUUCUUGUUGAUCAAGAGUUAUGUAUGCCUCAACUGAAUUGGUAGUCAGCACUUACUGGGCUACAUCUAAUCCCCUAGAUAAGUUGGAAGGGUCAUAUUUAAUGCACCUUAACGUUACGUGUUGUCACCGUGACUGUCUGUUUCUAAGUUGUGUCACUCUACUAAAGGAAAAGAAUAACAAAUCAUUUUUUACUCUUUUCUUGUUUAUACUUAUAAUAACAAUUAUUCACUGCGAAGACCGCCACUCAGGGUCUGGUCACAACAUGUCAACUUCCAACCCGUCUAGCCACAGAAUCUCAUGCCAACCAGAUCGUCACUCCAUCAG